AUGAUUACUGAAGAUGGGCAUGCGGCUACCAGUCGCUCGUUAUUGGAGCGGAGCACAGCAGCAGCUACUGAGUACGGUUCCAAUGGCUACGUUGUCAAUUAUCAAUCCUAUAAUACCAAAAUUACAAGGUAUAGUUAUAUUUUAACUAAAUAUAAUCAGGAAAAUUGCAGACUCUCUCUUCUCUUUGUUCUGCAAGACAUCGGACUUAAAGUACUCAGGUCAUUAACUGCGUAA